UGUACAAUGGAACAUGAAGCGGAGAGAAGAUCAGAACGGCCCAGAACCUCUUCUCUAAACCUCAGGUCUGAUUUCGCUUCUUCAGUCUCCUUCUCUUCACCUUCUUCUUCAUAAUCCAGGCUUACUGGGACGGAAGCAACAAAGCAACCAGUCUCAGAGAACUCCAAUUCAAUGAGUUCGAAACAACAAAAAGGAGACCCAGUUUCUGCUCCGAAGGACAAAAGAGGGGACAGGAAAAUAAUGACGAUUGAAGGAUACCCAGUAGAAGGACUGUCCAUAGGAGGCCAUGAAACUUGCAUCAUUUUCCCUUCUCUCAAUUUGGCAUUUGAUAUUGGCCGUUGCCCACAGCGCGCUAUCUCUCAGGACUUCCUCUUCAUUUCUCACGCCCACAUGGAUCACAUUGGAGGACUGCCCAUGUAUGUUGCAACCCGUGGCUUAUACCGCAUGAAGCCUCCAACAAUCAUUGUGCCAACUUCCAUUAAAGAAACUGUGGAAGAACUCUUUGAAGUGCACAGAAAGCUGGAUGGAUCAGAACUAAAUCAUAAUCUGAUUGGUCUGGAUGUAGGAGAAGAGUUUUAUAUGAGAAGGGACCUUAAAGUAAGAGCAUUCAGGACAUACCAUGCAAUACAAAGCCAGGGUUAUGUGGUUUACUCUAUGAAACAGAAACUUAAGCAAGAAUACCUUGGUCUUUCUGGGAAUGAGAUUAAGAACUUGAAAGCUUCAGGUGUGGAGAUUACUAACACUAUAACUUCACCUGAAAUUGCUUUCACGGGUGAUACCAUGUCCGACUUCAUAAUUGAUGAAACCAACAGUGAUGCUUUGAGAGCAAGGAUUCUUGUCAUGGAGAGCACCUUUGUUGAAGACACAGUAAAAGUGGAGCAUGCACGAGAUUAUGGGCACACUCAUCUAUCGGAGAUAGUUAGCUAUGCAGACAAAUUUGAGAACAAAGCAAUACUUCUAAUUCAUUUUUCAGCUCGUUAUACAGUAGAGGAUAUCCAAGAAGCCAUAUCAAGAUUGCCGCCGCCUUUAGCUGGCAGAGCUUUUGCACUGACAGAAGGAUUUUGAGGAUGAGAAGCCAUUUCGAGAACAUAUUGUCAAAUUGUCUUGCUUACGCUGUCAGUGAUGGCCUUUCCAACUCCCUUUUUCUUCAUUUGAUAACCAUUCAACUAUGCUCACCCAAAACAACAGUAAGAAAUAUCCAAUUUGUGCUUGUAAAAAUAGAUGAUAGUCAAAAAGGUUGAAGAAAGUACGGGUUGGAAGCAAGCAAAUAUUCUCAACGUUAUGCAGCAAGCAGAAAUUUCUUUUAUUCUUUUACUCUGAUGAUAGUGAUUAGUGAAUGACACUCCUGUUUCCUGCAGCCUGCAAUUUUCUUAUUGAACUGAUGUUAUGAAAUAAAUCCAGGGUACCUGUUCCCCAACAGUGUAGUUCUGGAAAGACUUCGGGAUAC